AUGCCAGAAAAUAUGAGUAUAUCAGUAAAUGGACAAUCCCAAGUCCCUCCUGGGUUCCGAUUUCAUCCAACGGAAGAGGAGCUCCUGCAAUACUAUUUAAGGAAGAAGGUUUCGUAUGAGAAGAUUGACCUAGAUGUUAUUCGUGAUGUUGAUCUCAAUAAGCUCGAGCCCUGGGAUAUACAAGAGGUGUGUAAAAUAGGCACCACCCCUCAAAACGAUUGGUACUUCUUUAGCCACAAAGACAAGAAGUAUCCCACCGGGACUCGCACCAAUCGUGCAACCGCCGCCGGAUUCUGGAAAGCCACCGGCCGUGAUAAAGUGAUACAUAGCAAUUGCAGGCGGAUCGGAAUGAGGAAGACUCUAGUGUUCUACAAAGGCCGAGCACCCCAUGGGCUAAAAUCCGAUUGGAUCAUGCACGAAUAUAGGCUUGACGACAACAUCAGUACUGACACCAAUAUUAUCUCCAAUGGUAUGGGAGAGGCAAGUCAGGAAGAGGGGUGGGUGGUGUGCCGCAUAUUCAAGAAGAAAAAUUACCACAAAACCCUAGACAGCCCUGUGAGCACUGGAGAAACCAGAAGCCAGAUGUUUGAUUCAUGUAAUGGGGGAGCAGCCUUGGAGCAAAUACUAGAAUACAUGGGAAACGGUAGCAAGGAAGAGAAGGAGGGGAAAAGGAGCGGAAGAUUUCUCCGACAGAUAGACACCGGCGUGAAAAAUGGGUACCAUGAGACAUUCAUGAAGCUUCCAAGCCUAGAGAGCCCAAGCUCCACCAGCUGCCAAAAUUAUUAUCAACCCAUUAAUCCAGAUCAUCAUAUGAUUACAGAAAAUGAAGGCUUAGCCGGUUAUCAAAUGGAGUCAUCAUCAUCAUCAGCUGCCCUCACCAACUGGGCUGCCCUUGACAGGCUUGUAGCUUCUCAGCUGAAUGGCCAAACAGGCUUUAGUGACCCCACCAUGCCUUAUGGCCCUACUGAUCAUCAUCAUCAACUCCAAUUUCCCACCCUUCGAUCAUCUUCAUCAAUUUCAUCUUCAAACGGAUCCUACCAUCCCACCCGUCAGGACUACAACACCGAAAUCGACCUCUGGAGUUUCGCUCAAUCAUCGUCCGACCAACUAUGCCACGUGCCGAAUGCUCCGGUAUAA